AUGUAUGCGCUCGAAGAACGAGCGCACCCACCGCCGCCGCCGCCCCUCUCCAUGGAUCGAAUCCCUCCUCCGGCGUCGGCAUACCCGACUCCAGGCUCUGCCGGACCGAUCCAAACGUCAAGUCAUCUGGUGCCGUUCUCGGGCAUCGACGAGAACAAUCGCACCUGGUCCCUUCAGGUGGUACAGCAGCCCGUCCGCGCCCGCAUGUGUGGCUUUGGCGACAAGGACCGGAGACCUAUCACACCCCCGCCUUGUAUCCGUCUCAUCGUACGAGAUGCGCAAACCGAAAAGGAGAUCGAUAUCAACGAACUUGACACUUCAUUCUACGUCCUCAUGGUAGACCUUUGGAAUGCGGACGGGACUAGCGAGGUGAAUCUGGUGAAGCAUUCGGCCACCUCUCCGUCAAUAUCCACGGCUAUGUCUUCCUCCUACCCGCCACCGCCUCAGAACCCUUACCCGCAAUACCCACCAAACGCCUACGGCCAGGUUCCAGGAUACCCUGCCAUGAGCAACUACUACGGAGGGAACCCCCAAAUGCCGUAUGCGAACUAUGGCGGCAACCCGCAAACUCCUUACUACCAACCACCAUACUAUUCGGCAGGUGGUCACAUGCCGCCAUCGAACAUGUCUCCCGCACAACCCGUCAGCGCUGGACCGGGAGGCAUGUUCACGCGAAACCUCAUCGGAAGCCUAAGUGCCAGUGCCUUCCGGUUGACCGAUCCCGACAACAAGAUUGGAGUGUGGUUCAUUCUGCAGGAUCUGAGUGUGAGGACCGAGGGAGUUUUCCGCCUAAAAAUGAGCUUCGUCAACGUCGGCACGGACUCCGCCAACGGAGUGACAGUGAUCAAUCAUGGAUCUCCCAAGAUCCUGGCCUCCGUUUUCUCCGAGCCCUUCCAGGUUUUCUCCGCCAAGAAAUUCCCAGGUGUCAUUGAGAGCACAACGCUGAGUAAAUGUUUUGCCCUCCAAGGCAUCAAAAUUCCCAUUCGCAAGGACGGAGUCAAGGGCUCGCGGGGGCGUAACAACGAUGAUGACGACGGGGACGAUUAUGAUUAA